AUGACUGGAUUCAUUUUAGUUUCAAACUCUGGCAAAAAAAUAUCAUUAGAACAAGCCUAUCAUCCUUGUCCAAGAUGUAAAAAUCAAAGCUCGGUACAGCUUACAAGAUCAGAAAAAUCAUUCAUCUUUUUAAACAAGAGAAUCACCGAAAAUUCAAGAGUCAGAUAUGAAUGUUCACAAUGUAAAUGGAAAAAUCAAAUGCUACCUUAUGAUGCAAGAGAAUCAGCCGAAUUGGAUCGUUAUCUAUCUGAAAACUCAAACAGCAACGAGGAUCUCUACAAUGAACUAUCCUCAACUUCUACUCAUGGCUAUUCUCCUUAA